AUGGAUAUCAGUGAAAAUGAGUUUGACAAUACAUCCGAAUCCAUUCUAGGUGUGAUAAAUGGUGUUGGUCAAAUAUGGGAAACUGUUGAUGAUGAUCCUGAAAAGAUAUCAAUGAUCAAGAAAGCUAAGCCCUAUUAUUUUUUGAUAAAUGAAUAUAAAGAUUGGAUCAAAAACCUUGAAAAAGCAGAUUUCAGUUAUACAAAAGUACUGCUAAAAAGACUGCAUAUAAAAAAUCAUGAUUAG